UUCCGCUAGUCGCUCCGCCCCCUUCGGUUCUCGCCGCCGCUGGUGCUUGCAGUUCCCGCCAGGCCCGGACUGGGCAGGAGCAAUGCUCCCAGGCCCGCCUCGGCUGUGAGGCAAGAGGAGCGUCCCAUACCCCUUUGAGUUUGCUGGCGGCAUCGAGCUUCUGGCAGCCAUGUCCACCGGGUUCUCCUUCGGGUCCGGGACCCUGGGCUCCACCACCAUGGCCGCCGGCGGGACCGGCACAGGCGGCGGUUUCUCCUUCGGGACAGGAGCAUCUAGCAACCCUUCUGUGGGGCUCAAUUUCGGAACUCUUGGAAGCACCACAACGUCAGCAACUACGACAGCUUCUUCAGGUGGAUUUGGGACUGGGCUCUUUGGAUCUAAACCUGCCACUGGGUUCACUCUUGGAGGAACAAAUACAGGUAAAGGAAUAGCAACAGCUAUAACGACAGGAUUAACUCUGGGAACGCCAGCCACUACAUCUGCAUCUACAACAGGCUUCAGUCUGGGAUUCAGUAAACCUGCAGCAUCUGCCACACCAUUCGCUCUGCCUAUUACGUCUACCUCAGCCAGUGGUCUCACUCUCUCAUCUGCUCUGACAUCAACUCCCGCAGCAUCCACAGGGUUUACUCUGAAUAAUUUGGGUGGAACAGCCACAACUACAACUGCAUCUAUAGGUCUUUCAUUAGGAGGAGCCUUGGCUGGUUUGGGAGGUUCACUUUUCCAGAAUACAAACACAGCAACAACAGGGCUUGGCCAGAAUGCUUUAGGCUUGACUUUGGGAACUACAGCAGCUACUUCAACUGCAGGCAGUGAAGGCCUCGGUGGCAUAGAUUUUAGUAGUUCAUCAGAUAAAAAAAGUGAUAAAACAGGAACAAGACCAGAGGAUAGUAAAGCACUGAAGGAUGAAAAUCUACCUCCUGUUAUCUGCCAGGAUGUUGAAAAUCUCCAGAAAUUCGUGAAGGAACAAAAACAGGUCCAAGAAGAAAUUAGUAGAAUGUCUUCCAAAGCAAUGCUUAAAGUACAAGAAGAUAUUAAGGCUCUGAAGCAGCUUCUGUCAUUGGCUGCCAGUGGAUUACAGAGAAACACUCUCAAUAUUGAUAAAUUGAAAAUAGAAACCGCUCAGGAGUUAAAGAAUGCUGAAAUAGCUUUAAGAACUCAGAAAACACCACCUGGACUUCAACAUGAAAAUACAGCUCCUGCCGAUUACUUCAGAAUCUUGGUUCAGCAAUUUGAGGUACAGCUCCAGCAGUACAGACAGCAGAUUGAAGAACUAGAAAACCAUCUUGCUACUCAAGCAAAUAAUUCACACAUAACCCCUCAAGAUUUGUCGAUGGCUAUGCAGAAAAUUUAUCAAACAUUUGUAGCUUUAGCUGCACAACUUCAGUCUAUUCAUGAAAAUGUAAAGGUGCUCAAAGAACAGUACCUUGGCUACAGGAAAAUGUUCUUGGGAGAUGCUGUAGAUGUGUUUGAAGCGAGGCGAACAGAAGCCAAGAAGUGGCAGAAUGCACCCAGAGUUACUACUGGACCCACCCCUUUCAGCACCAUGCCAAACGCAGCAGCCGUUGCCAUGGCUGCAACACUUACGCAGCAGCAACAGCCUGCUACAGGGCCACAGUCAUCUCUGGGAGUUAGUUUUGGAACGCCAUUCGGCUCAGGUAUUGGCACUGGCUUGCAAUCAAGUGGCUUAGGUUCUUCAAACCUUGGAGGAUUUGGAACUAGCUCUGGUUUUGGAUGCAGCACCACAGGGGCCUCCACAUUUGGAUUUGGAACAACAAAUAAACCCUCAGGAAGUCUUAGUGCAGGCUUUGGCAGCUCAAGCACAUCUGGGUUUAACUUCAGCAAUCCCGGCAUCACGGCAUCAGCUGGUUUGACAUUUGGUGUGUCCAAUCCUGCCUCUGCAGGUUUUGGAACAGGAGGACAACUCCUUCAGUUGAAGAAACCUCCAGCUGGAAACAAAAGAGGAAAAAGAUAAAUAUAUGGAGUAAUGUGUGGAUAGAAUCCAUAGUAGCACUGUUUAGUCUAUGAGUCUAUUUUUCUAAUGAUGCAGUAAUUAAAUUGCAUCCCAGGAAAUUUAUAAAGUUUUGAUAUUUUCCCUACUCUGGAAUUUGAACUUUGUUCAUGUUUGUCAUACUGAACAUCUUUUUUUCUUGUGAAUUUAAAACCCAGUUGUGUAUUUUUUAAUUUUGAAUCCCAGUGUAAGAAAUGUUCUGAUUACAUCACUGAUUGAUAUGGUAGGAAACCAUGAGUCUGAAACCUACUAUUUAACUUAGUGUUAGUAGCAAUGUUUUUGUUGAUAAGGUUUACAUUAUGUGAAUAUAUGCACAUUUGUUUCUUAUAUACAGAUGGUAUGAACUCUAGGGCCUGUACUAGAAUCUGUUUGUUCCUUGAUAAAGGCCUUUUGAACUAUACUGCAGGGCAUCUUGUGAAUAUGUAUGUAAAUAUAUACAGAAAAAUACGCACAAUUGUGUGUGCAUAUAAACUAUAUAUUUACAGACCUACAACUUUUGCCUCAGACUGUUCCCCUUUUCUAAGGGUAUUCAGUUUUUCACCUGUUACGCUUCCAGUCCUCAGUGCUUGUAGAAUGAUGAGCUAGAGUUACCAGAUCAUUACAGUUGUUUGCAUAAAGGCUUAUUGAAAUGGUUACUGGAGUAAAUAAUUUGGCUGACUCAACUUCAUUGCCUUUGGUCUUUUCUAUUUUUGUUUCUCCCCUAACUUUUAGCAGCUGCUCCAAAUGAGGAAUGCAUAUCCUCAUUUUGCUUAUUUGAGAUGUUUUUCAUAUCUGAGAGAUGGACCUUCAGGAGCAUAUUUGAACUCCAGACUGGUGUUCUGGGACAAUGAGCUACUAAGCCAAAUUGAUUCUAUGCAGGUGAAGGAUGCACUGCUAGUUGAGUGAGAACUUUUCUAGCUAUUCCAAUACGGAGUUCUUUCUUAUAGGGCUAUUGACAUUGACACCAAAUGGAGUGGCUUCGCAGCCUCGUAAUGUCUUAAGUAAGUGCUUAAUUUGGAAUAGAGAAACAAUAUAUUUUAAGAAAGAAAAAUAUUCUUUGUAGCCACUUAUAAACUCUCGUUUUAACAGUAAACCAAGCUCCAGGUAAUAACACAUAAGCAUGUCCACUUGCAUCUGUGUGGUAUUUGUCUAUUUUCUAUUAGUGAUGUCGAGUGGGUAAAAAAGAGAACCCUUGGAAAGAGAACUGCCUUAGCCAUGACUUCAGAGAGAAUAUUAGGUAGACCUAUUUAUCUUUCAGGUAGUUUUGAGAUAGGAUGUGAACGUGGAAUUUCAUUGAAAAUAGUUUAAUUUUUUUUAUAUAGAAGGUUUUGUACAUAAUGUGCAUCAGUAAAUAUUUUCAGAGUCGUUUCACCAAGGCACCUUUUUUUUCUAUUAGGUAUUGUGCGUGCACGUGCACGCAUACACACACACACACACACACACACACACACACGAACACACAUUUUUAGUGUAAUGUUGGUUGAGUUUGAGUAUAAAAUUUGUUAAUCUGUUUUAUUUAUCUGCAUAGCAAUGUUUGGCUUUUUUUAAUGGAAAUUUUGCGCCUUGAUACAUUAAAAUAAGGAAAACAAUUUGUGUUUGAGCACUAAAUUUGUUUUUAUUUUUGCAUAUUUUCUUAAUACUGUAAUCCCCUGAUUCACAUCUUGGGGGAGAUUAGGAAAAUGGUUUGAUUUUGUGUUUUCAAUGACUGUCAGAAUUUCAUAUGCAACUACAGCAAAUGUUUUUCAAAAAGGACAUUGCAUUGUGCUACAAAAAUCUAUUUAUAUUUCUUGGUCCUUUUUCCUUUAUGUACUUUACAGUUUAAUAUGUUGAAUCACUGGAAAUUUGUAACAUUAAUUUGGGGUAGGAGUUUAAAUGUGUUGUCAUUGUCUCCAUCGUCUUCACUUUGUCCAGAGCCUAUUAUUAUGGAAACAAUAAAAUGUAUUGCAUCAGUUGCUUUGAAAUUUUA